CAGCCGUUCACGGAGUAGAAUCAGACCACUGUGUUGUGCAGGAACUGGCACGGCGUCGCCGAAACCGUCAGUGGUAACAAAUGAAAACGAAAUUGACUCUUUCGAGUGGAUUAUUAUGUGGAGGGGAGAUUCGUUCUGACCGGGAACGCCGCUGAGCGAAAUUUGGUUCGACUGACGGAGACGGGAACGUUGACUGUUGGAGUGGACGGAAUUACCGCCGAUUGGUUUCUGCUCUACCGCUAAGGUUUCAGGCUCAAGCAAACUGCCAAGAAUGUGCAGCAUCUGCCUUAAAGCCAUGCCCUUUUUCCACCUGUAGAGGAAGAGGCUGUGCCAGAAUGUCCUCUCAUCCCCAGUCUGUGCCCCCGGGCCGGAGAACUGUGGACACGAGGCAUCUGCCAAAUCCCGCCUCUUUACCACUCCAGCUGCAGCGGGCUCACACGGAAGUGGGAUUGGUUGACUACCACUCUCAUCAUGUCAGGGACUACGGCUGCCACCUGGCCCAGCCCCACCGCCGUCGACCUUCCUUGCUGUCAGAGUUCCAGCCUGGGAAUGAACGGGGACAGGAGCAGCACAUUCGCUACGAGCACAUCUACCUACCAGAUGCUUGCAGCCAAUCAGAGCUGGAAUAUCCUGAGAUCAAACGCCCUCGUAUAGAGAUUGGGCCGGAGAGUCUGAUGAGACCUUCACCACACCGUCACCCAUUGACUUUGGGUGGGGCUGAGGACAUGAUAAAGGAGCGUGGAAGUUCCAUUGGGAAGCUGGAACCCAUCUCCCCUGUGAGCCCAGUUCAUAUAGAUCCUGACUUGGAUUUGGUUCCAGCUCGCUACUCCAAAGAAGAGCUGAUCCAGAACAUGGACCGCGUGGACAGAGAAAUUACCAUGGUGGAGCAACAAAUCUCCAAGCUUCGUAAAAAACAGCAACAGCUGGAAGAGGAAGCUGCAAAGCCCCACGAGCCGGAGAGACCCAUCUCACCCCCACCCAGUGAAGCCAAACACCGCAGUCUGGUGCAGAUCAUCUAUGAUGAGAACAGGAAAAAAGCAGAGGAGGCUCAUAAGGUACUGGAGGGGCUGGGACCCAGAGUAGAACUGCCUCUGUACAACCAGCCUUCUGAUACCAAACAGUACCAUGAAAACAUCAAAAUAAACCAGGCGAUGAGGAAGAAGCUCAUCUUAUAUUUCAAGCGGAGAAAUCAUGCUCGUAAGCAGUGGGAACAGAAGUUUUGCCAGCGUUAUGACCAGCUGAUGGAGGCCUGGGAGAAGAAAGUGGAGCGCAUCGAAAACAACCCGCGGCGCAGAGCCAAAGAGAGCAAGGUGCGGGAGUACUACGAGAAGCAGUUCCCGGAGAUCCGCAAGCAAAGAGAGAUGCAAGAGCGAAUGCAGAGUCGUGUUGGACAGCGAGGAGGUGGACUGGCCUCAACUGCAGCCCGCAGUGAACACGAAGUCUCUGAAAUCAUCGAUGGAAUAUCAGAGCAUGAGAACACAGAGAAGCAAAUGAGACAGCUUGCAGUCAUUCCUCCAAUGCUGUUCGAUGCCGAGCAGCAACGAAUCAAGUUCAUCAACAUGAAUGGACUUAUGGACGACCCUAUGAAGGUGUACAAGGAUCGACAGGUUAUGAACAUGUGGAGUGAACAGGAAAAGGAUACUUUUAGAGAGAAGUUCAUUCAACAUCCCAAAAAUUUUGGUCUUAUUGCAUCUUUCCUGGAGAGAAAGACGGUAGCAGAGUGUGUGCUGUUUUACUACUUGACUAAAAAGAACGAGAACUACAAGAACAUUGUGCGAAGGAACUACAGACGGAGAGGGAGGAGCCAGCAUGGUCAACAGCAGCAACAGCAGCAACAACAACAGCAGCAACAACAACAACAACAACAACAACAAGUGAACCGUAGCAGCCAGGAUGACAAGGACGACAAGGAGAAAGAGGGAGAAAGGGAUGAAGAAAAAAAUUAUGCUGAAGAAAAGGACGAUGGGAUGAAGGAUGACACCUCUGGAGAAGAUGCUGAGGACAAAGAACCUGCUGUGGCUUUCAAAGGACGGCGCACAGCCAACAGUCAGGGCCGCCGCAAAGGCCGUGUCACCCGCUCUAUGGCCAAUGAAGUGGAGGAGAACUCCGCACCACCAGCCAACAGCGAGCUGUCCAAUCUGGAGAUGAACGAGAGCUCUCGGUGGACUGAAGAAGAGAUGGAAACAGCCAAAAAAGGCCUUCUCCAGUAUGGUAGGAAUUGGUCCGCCAUCGCCAAGAUGGUGGGAUCAAAAACUGUGUCGCAGUGCAAAAACUUCUACUUCAACUACAAGAAAAGGCAGAAACUGGAUGAGAUUUUGCAGCAGCAUAAAAUGAAAUCGGAGAAGGAGAGAAAAGCCCGACGAAGGGGCAAAGCCUUGCAGAAUGAAGAAACCAGUGCUACAUUUGUUGCAGAGGAGGAGAUGGAGGGCUCAGGGGCCAGCUGUAAUGAAGAGGAGGCCCCUGAGGAUGGAGAAGGUGGACCUAACAACAGCUCAGACACGGAGAGUUUGCCUUCGCCGCGCUCAUCUGAAGACAGCAAGGCAAAAGACGAAGGCUCCAACAGGCCAAAGUGCAGCACAAACUCUGGGGUCAAGGAGGAGACCCAGGCAGACAUGGACCAGGGAGGAGAUGAGAAGCCUCCAGUUAAGGAAGAGGCAGAUUCCGCCAUCAAACAGGAGAUGGACGCAGAGACUGAGGAUCCUAACGGAGAGCAGCCAGCAGCACCCAGUGAUGCCGCACAUAAAAAACCUUCAACAGCAGAGGCGGAUGAAGUCAAAAGCUCAGCAAAGAGCUCGAAAAAGGAGCAUGCAGCCAAAACAGGCUCCCAUGGGGACAGUGACUCUAGUGCCACUUGCAGUGCUGAUGAGGUGGAGGAGACGGAUAAUACAGAAAAAAACAGAAUAAGUUCUCCACGACCAAGUCUGCUGAACUACAGUCAUGAUGGAGUCAUAUCCACCCCACUGCAAAAGCCCAUGGAUCUGAAACAGCUCAGGCAGAGGGCCGCUGCUAUUCCUCCUAUUACGCCUGAGGCCUCUGUGCAGGCCAGUCAGCAGAGUGGAAAUGGGAAGGUUGUGUCAUCCCACGAUGCCCUGGCAUUGUACCAGCGACAGAUCACCAUGGCUCAUGGUGAGUCUUCUCAGGAGGUCAGACAGUUGCAGCAGCAGCAGCCACUUUUGGGCCAGCCAGGCAAACAGCAGCCUUAUACCCCUCAGGCAGAUAGAGACCGGGAUUCUCUUCACAGCAGCAGCCCUCGAGUUUGCCCUCAUUCUCCCUCCAUCAACGAAAAGGAUGAGAAGUCCCCAGCUUUCUCUCCACAUGCUGAAGCCAAGAAGCAAGCAGGGGGCUCUGACGAUCUCAGAGCCUCAAACUUUGGCCGCUCGGUUCUCUCUCCCUACCCCAUGUCCCCACGAGACAUGACCAAAAUCAGUCACGAUCAGCAUCUGCUCCACUUCAACACGUUCCAGCAAGCAGGCCACCCGUCGCUCUCUGCUCUGCCACAGGACAGUGUUAGGCUAGCAGCUGUGAGGCCCCUCUCCAUGCCAGAGCCGCCCCCUCUUAUUUCCUCUUCUAAACCAGGAGGCUCCAUCACACAGGGCACCCCUGUGCAGUUGCACAGUCCAGCUCAUGGCUUGGACCAUGCAAAGAUGACUCCCACGGCCAUGGGGAUGCCUUGGAUGGAGAAAAAAGCAGGUACUUUCCCAGCAGUAAAGCAGGAACAAUUGUCACCACACAGCUCAUCCUCCCAAUCUGAUAGCAUGCCAACCCAGCUGGCUCCUCAUGAAGUUGCUUCUGGACGAGGCGUCCAGGGUGGUAGCAUCACCAAAGGGAUCCCAGGGACCAGACUGCACCCAGAAUCUGCAAUAUCUUACAGAGGGGGCUCCAUUACUCAGGGGACACCGGCUGACGUGUUGUAUAAGGGAACCAUAACACGUCUAAUCACGGAGGACAGCGUUGGUCGAGCCGAGAGAGAGCGGGAUGAUGCUCUGUCUAAAGGGCAUGUGGUCUACGAGGGCAUAAGCAGCCACAUCCUCACAUACGACCGUCCCCCAUCUCAGACCCUUAAAGAAGAUGGCAGAGGCUCAGGACAGUCUGGGGAAAUUUUAAGCUUGAAGCGUCCUUACGAUGUGAUGGAGGGAAGCAGAGGGCUGUCUUUGAGGGACUCCUCCGUCAACUGUGAAGGCCUGAUUAGUCGAGCCAUGCCUCACGAUAGAGACAGUCCACACCACACACCUUACAAGGAACCUCACCACAUCCAUGGCUCCAUAUCACAAGGUAUUCCUCGCCAUCUCGAUCCUCAGGAUGGAUACCUGAGGCGGGAGGCCAAACAGAUGAAGAAAGAGCCCUCCCCGUCCCGCGGGGCUGGUUCCUUGUCCGACCCAAUGAAGGGCAGAGAAGCCAGCGUGACCACAGUGCAGGAGCCGGGGCGCUCCAUCCACCUCAUUCCAGGGGGAAGUAAAGAGGGAAUCAUAGCACAAGGAACAAGCGUGAAACAGGAAGCAUCUGGCUCAGGGAAACGCCAUGAUGUCCGAUCCAUCAUGGCCAGUUCGCCACGUUCUUACCACAAUGCACCACCCCAUCUAGAGAUGCGGACUGAGAGGAGCCGAUAUGAGGAAGGGCCUAAAGGGCGGCCUAGUGCAGUUGUCAGCUCAGCAAGUCCCAUACCACGAUCAUCUCCCCUGGGAUCAGAGCAGGGAGGCAAAGCCCAUCACAGCCCAGUGGGUUAUGAAGACAAAAGCAACUUAAGGACCCCCUACCCUGGACCCUCACAUCGUGGCUCCCCACUGUCUCGAGAGGCCGGCCAAAGGCAGCAUGAGGGUUCCAGUAAACAUCCCCAGCAGGAGCGCAAAGCCACACCAACCCCCCGAGAGAUGAGUUCUACCAAAUCGCCCCUCUCUGCAGAUCAGACCUACGAGCGUCUGCUGCAGAGUCUGGGAGCCUCAGCAGAGAUGUACCGGCAGAUCCCCUUAGCCUUCGAUCCUGCAGCGCUGCCGCGUGGAAUCCACAUAGAGCCAGCAGCCUAUUACUUGCCUCGCCACCUAGCGCCCAACCCAGCGUACCCUCAUCCCUAUCCUUACCUCCUCCGAGGCUUUCCAGACACAGCAGCUUUGGAAAAUCGGCAAACACUGUUCAACGACUUCAUCACCUCUCAGCAGAUGCACUCGUGGCCUGCAGCGCAGCGCUCAGACCUGCUCAGGGGCAUUCCUCCUCGAGACCAGCCCCUUUCUUUGCCCUUCUCUGCUACACCACGCGGAAUCAUCGAUCUUUCUCAGGUGCCGCACUUACCUGUCCUGGUUCCUCCCACCUCUGGGGCAACUGGCUCACCAAUGGAUCGCAUCACCUAUAUCCCAGGGACAAGCACCCCUUUCCCUGGCAGGCCUUACACCACCUCGCCUAUCUCCCCUGUUGGCUCCUCCCAUAUUAAUAAAAUGCAAGGAUCUUCAGAGCGCGAGCGGGAAAGGCCCCGCGAGCGGGAUAGGGACCGGGAUGGACGAGAUCGUGAACGCGACCGAGAAAAAGAGCGAGAGCCAGAAAGGGAAAGAGACAGAGAACCCAUCAGAGAACGUGACAGGGAAAAAGGGGGAUCUCUGGGAAAUGUGGAGCAUGCUCCAAUAUGGCGACCAGGUACAGAGCACAGCUUAUCCAGCAGCAGCAGCAGCAGUGGGAGAUCUGCACCCCAGCAGUACAGUCACCAGCAGUCCCCGGUGUCGCCUCGUACCCAGGAGAAUGUUCAGCAGCGGCCCAGCGUUCUGCACAAUACCGGGGGCAAAAGUCUUUCUGUUAGUGAACAUUCAAACUCAUCUGUGUUACGGACUGGACCCCCAGGGUCAUCCCGCUAUCAAGGCUACCCUGCUCAUCUCCAAAGGACAAGUGUGCCCCCUGACUCAUUUCCACCUGCUUUGGACUCCAGCAUAACCAAAGAGCAGAAUCGUGACGGAGGCAAAAGCAGAGGUCUACCCAAGCAUAUGCAGGAGCAGCACGGACCCUCCAGUAAAUCUGAGCCCAAGAUGUCCAGCACCAGUCCAGGAUUAAUAUACCCCGGGUCUUAUAACCCAGCCUCAGGCCGCCCACAGCACCUGCUGUCUCACCAGUCUGAAAAUCCUUCUGGUCGCGGGGAAAGCGGCACUCCUGGUAGAGACAAGACUCAAAAUAAAGCGAUUGCUAUUCAGGAACAGGAGCUCAGAUCACUCGCUCCACCACACAGUCUGUACCGCCCCCCUUCUGAUGAAAGCCUGUCUCCAGGGCAGCAGCCGCCGUCUCCUUGUGUCAAAGGCAGCCAAAGGGUGGUCACUCUGGCACAGCACAUCAGUGAGGUGAUAACAAAAGACUACACGAGGCAGAGCCAGCAGCAGCAGCAAAGCUACCAUGGUCCUCCUGUCCUAGACCUCACCCGUCCACUCAGUGCCUCUCAGCCCCCACCUACAUCACAAGAGUCAGCUCAAGGGUCCCGCUGUCCAGAGGACAUUGGUGGAGAAUGUAAUAGAGACAGAUCUCCACCUCAGGCCAAAUCUUCACCCGUUAGUGCUUUGAAUGACGGCAUUGAACCGGUGUCGCCUCCUGGAAACAGCUCUGAACCCGAAGCCCAGGGAGGGGCGGCCUACCCCACUGAACAGGGAGAGCAAGGACUUGGCUCUCGCUCUCCCCCGAACACCUCCCAGCCUCCAGCUUUCUUCAGCAAGUUGACUGAAAGCACCUCAGCUAUUGUGAAGUCUAAGAAGCAGGAGAUGAUCAAGAAGAUGACGGUGGUUGGCAGCGAAAGUGAUUUCAAUGCUGGUCAGCCGGGAACAGAAAUAUUCAAUAUGCCGGCUUCCACAACUGCAGGACCUGUGACUGUGCGCAAUCAUCCAGCUCCAGAGGCUCCUGGAAACUCCAUAGGCCUUGAAGCAAUCAUUAGAAAAGCCUUAAUGGGCAAAUAUGAUGAUGCAUCUGAGGAGCGCUCUUCAUCCAGUGCUGCUAACCCAGACGGGCGAGCUGAGGAUCUGUUUUCUCAAGGUGGGUCAAAGCCCUCAAAGGGCAGCGGACGCUCCAGCGGGCGCAAGGCCAAGUCCCCGGGACCAGGUCUGUCUGGGAGUGAGAGGCCUUCGUCUGUGUCUUCAGUUCACUCAGAGGGAGAUUACAACAGGAGAACUCCGCUCACCAACCGUGUCUUGGAUGACCGCCCUUUGUCUGCAGGUUCAACUCCGACCCCCUUUCCAUGUAACCCUCUGAUAAUGGGGUUCCCCAGUGGCACAGUGUCAGCUCAUCCUUCUGGUCAACAAGGCAACCAGGGCCCCGGGGCAGGACCUGGACCUGGACCUGGACAGGGUCGGUCCUGGGAAGAGGAGCCCAAGCCUCUGCUCGUAUCUCAGUACGACCCUUUGUCUGACAGCGAGUGACCUUAAACACGCUGAAAAGCUGGCGUGCUGCCUCAGCUGAACACGCACUCAUACCGCCUUGCUGUCUGCAGCGCAGGAAGUGAAGGAAGUGGAACUCCUCUUCUAUGUGUGUGUGUGUGAGAGCGCCUAAUGGUUAUGCAUUCACUCCAAAACUACUCUAAAGGAAAAAUCACUUAAACUAUUUUUAAUCCUCACUGGCCUUAUCUAUACGGACACAUUGGGCUGUACCAUGCAGGUUUACUUGUCUGAUGGGAGUCUGACAGUGUGGCAGUCCACAUAGCAGCAACCUGUGGUUUUCUUCACGAUGAACUUCAGCCGCUGCAGGCUAACAUGUGAAGACGCAGGAGGAGAACCAACACUUUUCCUUUUUUUAAAAAUUGUUUUUUAUUUGUUUCUGCUCUUUCUUUCUCCUUAAACUGUCAGUCCAGUCCUGUUUUUGUGAGCUGAGACCUUUAGUGCAUUUUGAUGGUAAACUUUUGAUGGUGUCAUUAGAUGUCUCUUAUCUGCAAUGAUAUAUAGUUUUUUUGUUUUUUUGUUUUGUUUUUUGGGGGGUGGGGGCAGAGAUCCUCGGUUGUUGGUUUACAGGGUAACAUUGCUGUUUGUUUCUGAUGUCGCAUGUUCUGGCGUGGACCCUGGGGGAGGAGCUCGGCAGACUUCAGGAAUCUGUGGGUCUGGGAUGAAUUGCCACAUGGAUGGCACUGAGACAAGUGACACUUUCUCACUGUUUUUAUAUUAACCAUGUCUGUGUUUGUUGAAAAUGUUUUGAUUUUUUAAUAUGAAGCACUUAGCUGUCGAUCAUGUUCACGACUGCAGUUCAAGCAUUUGUCUGUGGAGAGCAGCACAGGAACCCACUCCAGAGGUCUCCUUCAACACCCGUUUGUCCAUUUCGGUUUCAGCUGCCAAUCUUAUUUAGUGCACCCAUGCUCAAAGCGACAAUCAAGAUGAUGACUUUUGACAGCAUUGCAGACCAACAAUUAAAGCUGCCGAAAGGCAAACUGCAUUUCGAUCCUGUUUCCAGUAGAAAUGUGAUAAAAGCCAUCAGAUCUGAUGGCCUAAGCCGCUCUGUAACAGCAGGUGUCCACACCUGGUGUCCACACCUGGUGUCCACACCUGGUGUCCACACCUGGUGUCCACACCUGGUGUCCACACCUGGUGUCCACACCUGGUGUCCACACCUGGUGUCCACACCUGGUGUCCACACCUGACUUACUAUAGUAAAUAGUUAAGAGAUAGUUUUAGUGUUAAGUGCCAUUUAUUUUAAGAAAGUACUCAAGUUUUAAAAGUUACGCACAAGUUUUUGCCCCCUCUCCCUCCCUCCUCCUACUUGAGUUGAGACUAAACUUGCAGGGUAAACGCAACAGCAAAGCAAGCGUCCCGUUUUUAUCUUGGCACGACGCUGUCACUGCCUCGGCUUUGAACGCUUUCAUUCUCAACAAGACAGAACAGCUUCGUCGCUUUUGGACUUGUGAUGUACUUUUUUUCAUUGCGCUCCUUUUGCAUGAUCGGGCUGGAGGAAGCUGAGCUUGAGGCCCGCUGCCACCUCCGCUGGUGUGAAAUAAGUUUCUCACACCAGUUUGCAAGAUCGCAAAGGCUACACUUUUUUUAAACGGAUGUUUCGAGGAGAGAUUUUGUGUUUCUGAAGAGUUGACCACAGACUGUCCCUUUUUUUUUGUGUUUGUCAUAGCUGAUCCUCACAACACAGACAUGAUUGUUAUAGGACUACCUCCUCUCUUUCCUUCAUCUUUUGUGUCAAGGGUUAAGCAAGCCUCUGCUGCAGACGACUCAUCUCAGCAACAUUUUUGUUUUUUCAUAUAUUUUCUUUUUUUACGACUAAUGGAGAAUUUGUAAUUUCACCGUUCAAGGCUGAAAUAAUGCAGAGCUUUGGACUUUGCUCAUUCUAUAUGCGUCUUUUGUUUUUCCACUGAUAAAAUGUAAGAAUGUUAUGCUAAACAGACUAAGCCAUAACCAGCUGUUCCCAUAACCGAUAACUAACAUGUUUUUAAAAAUACACUGAAUUUUUAAUGCGCGUCCAUUUUUUAAAAAUAGUUUGCUCGAUGCACAUCUCUCAUCUUAAACAAAUCAUCCUAACUUAACUAGAAGUGACUGCAGAUGUCUUUGCUGGAGUGUCCAAAUGCAGGUGGGGUGGGGAGGGACAUUAACAUUGUCAAACCUUUUUUUUUUUAUUAUUAUUAUAACCCACUGUAUAAUAGCAAGAAUUGUAUAUACAACCGAAGAGAUGUAAAUAUUUAUGUGGCUUGCUGCAAGGUUGGUAUUACAAAAAGAAAAUAUUCACAUGGUUAAAUUCUACAUGCCCACCAGCAAGCUUUGUGGAUAGCAGUGUAAAAAUGAAAAACAAAUUUAAAAAAAAAAAACACUGCCUUAAUGUUUAAAUAAAAGCUUAUUGCCAUU